CCGGGGAAGCCGUUUAGUAGGAAGGGGGCAGUUCAACGGGUCACUCUAGUGGCUUCAGCCCUGACCCUGAGGCACUUGGGCAAACAGCCGUUGCCUGCAAGCCUCACGAGCUUGCCUUGGCCUCAGAUGGAGCCCAGAGAAGCCAGGGGGAAAGAGAGCAUGGGCACCAAGAGAAAGAAUCUGACUUUCCUGAGGCCCAGGCUCUACAUGCUGGAGAGAAGGAAGACGGACACCGUGGUGGACGGCGGAGCCCCUGGGGAGCACUCUGGUGCCUUGAGGAGGAGCCAGUCGGACAGGACGGAAUACAGCCAGAAGCUGCAAGAAAAGAUGACUCCACAGGCCGGGGCUUCUGCCACUGAGACCCUAACUCAGGAGGAGCAUCGGAUGCAGAGAAUGAUGGCAAAGCGUUUGAAAAUCAUCAAGGAACUGAUACAGACGGAAAAAGACUACCUCAAUGAUCUCGAGCUGUGCAUUAGGGAAGUGGUUCAGCCCCUGAGAAAUAAACAGAUUGAUCGGCUGGACGUGGAUAGCUUGUUUAGCAACAUUGAAUCUGUGCAUCAGAUAUCAGCCAAGCUGCUGUCAUUGUUGGAAGAGGCCACAACAGACGUGGAACCGGCCAUGCAAGUAAUCGGAGAAGUAUUCUUGCAGAUUAAAGGACCACUGGAAGAUACUUAUAAAAUCUACUGCUACCACCAUGAUGAGGCACACAGUGUACUGGAAUCCUAUGAAAAGGAAGAAGAGCUGAAGCAACAUUUGAGCCACUGUAUCCAGUCCUUAAAGAAAAUAUAUAUGCAAGAAGGCAAGCCAAACCUACUGGACAUGGGCUCUUUGAUGAUCAAACCAAUCCAGCGUGUAAUGAAAUACCCGCUCUUGCUGUGUGAACUCCAGGGCUCCACCCCUCCCUCUCACCCAGACUUUGGGGCGCUGGGGGAUGCCUUUACUGCAGUGAAAGACAUUAACGUGAACAUCAAUGAAUUCAAAAGACGGAAGGAUUUAGUUCUAAAAUACAAGAAGAAUGAUGAGGAUGAAUCACUUAAAGAUAAAUUGUCUAAACUAAAUAUUCAUUCAAUUAGCAAGAAAUCAAAAAGAGUGACAAAUCAUCUAAAGAUUCUGACCAGAGGAGAACCACAGGUGAAAGACAAUACCUUUAAUAGAGAAGAAAAGCUAUUUAGAUCCUUAGAAAAGACGGUGAGGCAUUGUGUGAAGAACAUUUCACUCUCCCUUCAACACAUACAGGAUGCCAUGCCCUUAGCACUGCAGAGCAUGAUGGAGCUCCAGGAGAUUUCACGCAACAAAAAUGAGGAGGAAAGGAGCCAUUCAGAGGCCCUAAGUAAUGCCCCAAAUCCCUGUGGUGACUUUGCGGCCCAUGUGCAGCGGCUGGUCCUGAUGCCCCUGUCGGCCCUGCUGUCCCUCUUCACCGGGCCUCAGAAGCUCAUCCAGAAACGCUAUGACAAACUGCUGGACUGCAACAGCUACUUACCUCGGGCGGCAGGAGACGACUCAGACUUGGCCAAAAAGGAGUAUGAGGCCCUCAACGCCCAGCUUGUGGAGGAGCUGCAGGUGUUCAACCAGGCGGCUCGGAAGAUUCUGCACAACUGUCUGUGCAGUUUCGUAGCUCUCCUCAGGGACCUGACCCUCGCCGCUCAGCAGGUUCAUUCCACGGUGGCGCCGGUACCACUGUUGGCCCCGAGAAUCUCUGAAAUUCAGAAUCGAGUACUGGAAGAGGUUCAAAAUCUUAAUUUUGUAAAAGACAACAGUGCCACUUUUAUUGAAAGGAAACUUAGUUUUGAAAAGAAGAAACCUUUGCAAAUUCCGCCAGAAGUGCCACGUCAAACUGACAUUCACCGCUCCAAACUUCUAUCCACAUAUGGUAAAGAAGAACUCUACCAAGCAAAGCGCAAGUGCAAUGCUACACAAGAAUAUGACAUCAAUCUUCUGGAAGGGGAGUUAGUGGCUGUGAUGGAACAGAAGGAUCCACUGGGGAGUACAAGCAGGUGGCUUGUUGACACCGGAAUUAUAAGAGGCUAUGUGUAUUCUUCCUUCUUAAAACCCUACAAUCCAGCAAAAGUGCAGAAGGUGGAUGCUGAAAACAGGUUCGGUGAUGAUGAUUUUGAUAACAUCAGCCUCUUUGUGUCCUCACGGCCAGCUAGUGACAGUGUCACAGGCACCCCAGAAAGUAGCAUAAGUGAUAGCAGCUCAUCUCUUAGUGGUACAUAUGGAAAGUUUGAAACAAACGGCACUGAUGUUGACAGUUCUCAAGAGGUAGAUGAACAGAUUUUCUAUGCAGUUCAUGCCUUUCAAGCACGAAGUGACCAUGAACUCAGCCUUCAGGAAUACCAAAGAGUCCACAUACUUAGAUUUUGUGACCUAAGUGGUAAUAAAGAGUGGUGGUUAGCUGAAGCUCAGGGGCAGAAAGGUUAUGUGCCAGCUAACUACCUUGGGAAGAUGACUUAUGCUUAA